AUGGACUCUAUGAACAAGAAUCUUUCCCUGGAGGAAAUUCAGAAGAAAUUAGAAGCUACGGAAGAAAGACACAAGUCCCAUGAAGCUGAAGUCUUGAAGCAGCUUGGUGAGAAACGGGAGCGUGAGAAAGAAGUGCUUCAGAAAAUGAUAGAGAAGAACAACAACGUCCGUAAAAUGGCAGAAGAGAAGCUGACCCACAAGAUGGAAGCCAACAAAGAGAAACAAGGGGCACACAGGGCUGCCAAAUUUGACCAUUUACGAGAGAUGGACAAGAACAUUGAAUAA